AUGGCACCCACCACCCAAUCCAGUUCCCUACUCUCCCUGCUCUAUCUUGCUCUAUUAACAUUUGUGGGCAGUGCUGUGCUUCUUGCCGAGAUGCAUCAACACAGCUUGUUGAGUCACAAUGUCCAUGCUUUUCUGGCGGUGCUCAUGAUUUCGUCCUGCAUCUGGAUGCUCUGGUUUGGCUGGCGCUCGGCCAGCAACAAGCAACUGAAAAUGCAUCAGGAUCACCAGGCUGGAGCAAGCUGGCUCAAAGGUGGUCUGUCUCUCUUCGCACUGGCCACGCUGGUUUUGGACUGCCUCUCCUUGGGCUACUACUAUGAGCUGCAGCAUUGUGCCUCCAUGCUAAUCACCACUUUCCCAAUUGUGCAAGCUGUUUUUACCAUCAUGCAGGUCUCAUGGCUGCUGUUUAAUGCUAAGGUUUGCAUCCAAGAACACCAGCACAUAAACAGGUUUGGGCUGAUGCAUACUCUGGCCACUAAUGUGCUCCUAUGGAUGAGUGUGGUGCUGGAUGAAUCCAUGAAGCAGCUAGAAGAAUUUUAUGAUGCUUACAAGGGAGAGACCUCCCAGACCCCACAUGGGAGCUCCAGCAUCAACAGCUGCAUCUGCAUCACCAGCCUCUGCCACAGCUUUUCUGAAGGUGCUGCCUACCUGCAUCCCUUCAAUAUUGAGUUCAGCCUCUUCUCUUCUACAAUGUUGUUCAUCAUCUGGAAGAACACGGGGCGGGAAGGGCAUCACCAGAAGCCUCCACUAACUCACAGGACACAUUUCCACCUCAGUGGGGCUUUUGUUGGACUGGUGCUAGGGGCUUUGGCCAUUUCAGCAACUUUUGGGGUGAUGAUAUCAUUUGGAGUGCUUGCCAAGUUGCCUGAAACCAUUCCUGAAGCCCUUCGAACAUACUACAUCUUCAACUCUGUCUUGUUAUCUGCCAUGUUCUUGGCAACCUUGAUUGGCAUCACCACCCACAGGGUGAAGAAGAAAGGCACAUCUCUCUCUUCAGAUAAGAGUGUGGUAAGAAACUUAGAUGUAACCUUGCUUCUGGGCAGCUCCUGUGGUCCCCUCAUGGUGUCCAUCUUUUCUUUGGUAGCCAUCUUCUUUCUCCAUACCAGUGGCAGUCUCCAUCUUCUGGACUUCUGCUUCUCUCUCUGCAAGACCAUUCAGAUACUGGGACAGAAUCUGUUCAUUACUGAAGCUUUGUAUUCCAGCCUCUAUCACAUUGAAGCAGAUGCCCAAGACAAUACUGACCUUGCUGAUACAAACUGGGUCUUUUCAAUUUCCAGAGGUCCUAUGGAGCAAAUCAGCAAUGGGUCUGUCUCCAAAACUCACAGAUUGACCAACAUUUUGGCCAAUUUAGAGAAUCAACACUUGACUGACUAUGAUAGUAACCAGUCCCUCUUCCAUAUUUCACAAUCUCAAAUAGAACCUAAAAGACCAAGCGUCAGAAGAAAAAUUUUACAGAAUGUCUCGAUUCUCCUUAUUUUCUACAACAUUUCGGUGUGGAUUCUAUAUGCCUAUGGCACCCGCCCACAUCUGGUGAGCCAAAUUGAGCAGUCACUCUAUGGCUUCACGCUCUGGGCCAUUGUAGUCAAGAUCUCACUGCCACUGGGCAUCUUCUACCGUAUGCACUCAGUAGCCAGUCUUUUUGAAGUCUACUGCAAGACCUGCUGAGUAAGCACCAGUCUUGAAGCAAUGGAUGCAUCAUAAUUUCAUGGGCAAAGUAUGACCAUCUGUGGACACAUCAAGAAAGCCAAGAGGAGGUGUUCUUUACCAUGAUAUUUGCUGUGCUACCUAGCCCUGCACCAGCAUAUCAAGCAAAUGGCACUUGUUCUCACCUUUGUACACCUGCGAUCAGGGCCACUGAGUUGAC